GUUAACAAUGGAACACUUUCUUGGAUUACAUCCCAGAGAGGCAGUGGUGCAAGCAGCGGCCUUGCUUGGCUGUGACUCAACUUCUGCAGAAGUGGCUGAAUAUUUUGACAAACACGACAAACUAAGUCAUCUCAGGGAGAACUUUCUGGUACCCAAAGUCUCAGAUCUGCCUCACUCUGAUCUCUCUGUGGCGGAUGGAAGCAAAGACUGCAUAUACUUGUCGGGAAAUUCACUUGGACUUCAACCCAAAAUGGUUAAGAAAUAUCUGGAAGAAGAGCUGGGCAACUGGGCCAGAUUCGGGGUCCAAGGUCACACAGAAGGAUCCAGACCAUGGGCAUGGGCUGAGAACACCAUAGARGAGCUCAUGGCAAACCUUGUUGGAGCAAAAACUGAGGAAGUAGCGCUGAUGAACGGUCUAACAGUAAAUCUACAUCUUCUAUUGCUUUCUUUCUACAAACCGAACACAAUGCGGCACAAAAUCCUUAUGGAGGACAAGGCCUUCCCUUCAGAUCAUUAUGCCGUAGAGUCUCAGAUCCGCCUGAGAGGAUUUGACCCUCAGCUCAGCAUGAUGUUGCUGUCUCCAAGACCGGGAGAAGACACCCUGAGGACUGAGGACAUCCUGGAGGUGAUUCAGAAGGAGGGAGACAACAUCGCUGUGGUGAUGUUCAGCGGAGUUCAGUUUUACACCGGCCAACUGUUUGAUAUGCGUGCCAUCACAGAGGCUGGACACAAAAAGGGUUGUUUUGURGGAUUUGAUUGUGCCCACGCUGUAGGAAAUGUUGACCUGAAGCUGCAUGACUGGGGCGUUGACUUUGCCUGCUGGUGCUCCUACAAGUAUUUAAAUUCAGGCGCUGGUGGACUUGCUGGGGCGUUUGUUCAUGAAAAACACAAAGACACUAUAAAGCCAACGCUGUUGGGAUGGUGGGGACAUGACCUGACRACCCGCUUCCAGAUGACUAAUGUGAUGGAGCUGCAGCCUGGAGUGAGAGGUUUCAGACUGUCAAACCAACCAAUUCUUCUUGUCUGCUCCCUGCAGGCCAGCUUGGAGGUCUUUAACAUGACCAAUAUGCAGGCACUGCGCAGCAAAUCUGUACUCCUUACUGGCUACCUGGAGUACCUGAUUAAAUACUUCUACACUAAGGAUCUGUCCAAGCCUCACGUCCACCUCAUCACACCCUCAGACCCUCAACAGAGAGGCUGCCAGCUGUCACUCUCCUUCUCUGUCCCCAUAAGGAGAGUCUUCCAGGAGCUGGAAAAGAGGGGAGUUGUUUGUGACAUGAGAGAGCCCAGUGUUCUACGGAUUGCUCCAGUCCCACUCUACAACUCCUUCAGAGACA